UCCCCAGGAGCCAGAGCUGAAGCCUUGUGGGUGGACAGAAAUGGGCUCAGAAAUCAAGGAAGAAAUCCCUUUACAUGAGGAAUUUGUUCUGUGUGGUGGAGUUGAAACACAGGUUCUAAAAUGUGGUCCCUGGGGUGACCUCUUUAAUGAUCAAAAUGUCAGCAGACCUAAACUGCUUAUUUUCAUUAUUCCUGGAAACCCGGGUUUUUCUUCUUUUUAUGUGCCAUUUGCAAAGGCUUUGUACUCUUUGACAAACAAAUGCUUUCCUGGGCAUGCCUUGGCCCCCAAAGACACGAAGAUUCUUACAGCAUCAGAGGAUGCAAAUGCUCAAGAAAUUAAGGACAUCUAUGGACUACAUGGUCAAAUAGAACACAAACUAGCUUUCCUGAGAACCCAUGUGCCAAAGGAAGUAAAGCUUAUACUCAUUGGCCAUUCAAUAGGCAGCUACAUUGCUCUUCAGAUCUUGAAGCGUGCCCCCGAGCUUCCAGUCAUUCACACCUUCCUACUGUUCCCAACCAUUGAGAGAAUGGCCGAAUCACCCAAAGGCAGGAUUGCCACUCCACUUCUGUGCUGGUUUCGAUAUGCUCUCUAUGUCACUGGCUACUUAUUACUUAUACCAUGUCCCGAGAAAAUCAAGUCCUUGUUAAUCAGAAUGGCCCUUCAAGCAAUGAACUUGAAGACGGAAUUUUUACAGACGAAUAUAUUACAACCGUUCUGCCUUGCUAAUGCUGCCUACCUUGGAGGCCAAGAAAUGAUGCAGGUGGUGAAGAGGGAUGAUGAAAUCAUAAAGGAACAUUUAUCUAAGCUUACAUUUUACUAUGGUACCAUAGAUGGCUGGUGUCCAAAAAAGUAUUAUGAAGACAUCAAGAAAGAUUUUCCAGAAGGAGAUAUUCGACUCUGUGAGAAAAAAAUACCUCAUGCUUUUAUCCUCCAUUUUAGCCAAGAAAUGGCUGACAUGAUUGCUGACUGGCUGAAAGCUAAUCUGUCCAAAAUAUAAUGAGACGCAGGAAACAA